UCUCUGAACCGGCUCUCUCUCUCAUUUUUCGAGCUUGUGCGCACACAACCUACGCCGGUGACACACACAGCAAAGCGAGCGAGCAAGCGAGCGAGCACGCCAACACACCCGGGUGGGCUACUGCGAGCUGAGGGCAGCACCAAAGAGGAGGCCGGGACGAGACGAAACGUUCUUAGAGGCUCAUCUGCCGAGGCGGUGGAACUCUUCAUGUUGACGAAAAAGCAGAGGUGGAGACGGGUACGUGUGGUUCGCGCCAACAGCAACAGCAGCAACAGCAGCAACGACAGCACGAGCGGCGGCGGCGGCGGUGCCGACGCUUGUGCUGGACGUGAUGGCUUCGACUGCUUUCCGGCGCUGGCAAGCAGCAGCCCCCUCAUCAACUCCACGCCGAGCGGGAACAACAGCAACGGCGGGGCCUCCCCACCACAGUGUCGCCAUGCGCUCGAUUCUACAACAGCAGAUCCCGCACGGCCCGAAGGCAGCAGCGACAGCAAAACGCUACGGCCGCCGCAACCGCCGCCGCCACUACCAUCACCACUGCAGGAGGCAACAACACCUCACGACGCAACCUCUAGCCCGGGUUCGAACCGCGCGACUGAAGCUCAGGCUGCAAAGCCACCCCCGACCUUCUUUCCAGGCGGAGCGCAAGAACAACGCGGUGGCGGUCACCACCACGACAACCUGUUCGCCGCGGAGGCGGCGCCGGCGAGGAGUCACCCUCUGGAGGCGUGGAGGGUCUCGGCCCUUAACCUUGUCAAGUUCCUGUUUUUCUUCGACGCCAGCGGAAUCGAAGACGGACGUACGCGCCGCGACGCUGGCGGCUUCGGAGGCUGGGGGAGCGGCGGCGGCGGCGGCAGAGACAGAUCGGCUACGGAGGGAUGCCAUCCGUUCGCCGCUACCCCCGCCGCGGCGCGACCCCGCCGGCCCUCGGAACCCGGGUGUCGCCCACCGCCGUCGCUGCCGAUGCCCAAGGCCGUGAGAUUCAGCAAUCAGAUCCGGGUGGUUUUGGUCGCGUCUCGCCUGGAGCUUUCGUCCAUGAAGACUGACAUUUGGUGGGGGGAGAGGGACUACUGCGACUUCAGGCGUGCGUACUUUAAAGCAGCGCGUGAGGAAAAGGAGAGCGACGGAGAGGUAACGCCCCCGAGCAGGGCUGGGCAAGGAACGCCUGGCCAAGACGAGUUCGACCGACCCGGCUCGUCCCCGGUUGCGACGUCUCCAACGACCGCGACAAGCGCUGGCCUUUCGAGCAGUCGCAGCGGCUCCGCGGUGGCAGCGCAUGAUGAUGACGAUGACCUGUUGUCGAAACCUUCGUGCGGCAGUCGAGGUGAUGGCGGCUACGACAGCGACUGCGACGACAGCGGUGGUUGCUCGCGGGCUUCGCAAGCGGUGCUGCCGCGCCCCCCGCCUCCUUCCCCCGAACACCAGACCCAUGAGCCUCACGUGGAGCUUGACGACGCCGGUGUGCUUGUCGGCGUGAAACGUCUCUCGGGGCUGUUGGACGACCAGCGUGUUGCUGUGGCAGGGGAGUGGGAAAGAGAAAAUGACGGCGGCGGCAUGACCCCCCCUCACGCCGUAAACGAGCAGGCUGGAUCCUCCGCAGCCAUCACUUCGAACGCGGUGGAAACGGCGGUUGUAGCCGAGUCGACCGCCACAGUCCAUGCCGACGUCUUCAUUCCUCAGCAACCAAAACAAGCGGCAUCCCCGGAAAGACGUGAGUGGCCGGUGCUGGCUAAAGCCGCCGUGGUCACCCCGGGUACUGCGCCCAAUGUCGCUUCCGUCGCGCGUGGGUUUCCUUGGCGAGAAGCGGGAUCGCGGGGGGAUGCGGCCAUGAGGUCCCCGGGGAGCGUUGCCGUGGGGCCGGCGAGGGCGGAAGAGCUAGCCUGCCCCCGCGCUGCCGCCGAGGUGCGGAGGGAAAUAAGGCGGGAAACGCAACUGCCGAUUCUCGAGACGGGGAGGGAUCCCCGGAUCGAUCCGCGGACCGGCGCGAGGGUGCCGCUCCCGUUUCUCGGAAGCGCGCCCAUCCGGAGGGUGGCCUCUUUCUAAGGUGGCUGUCAACACCCUCGGCGAGGCUUGGCUUGCAUGAGCUGAGCUGAGCAUUCUCGUCGACACAAUGUUCGCGGUUUGACCACCGUGAGUUAAGCGGUCGAGCUCUCCGUGCUUGAUGUUUUGAGUGAUAUUGUUUUCAUGUUCUGUUUUUAUUCGUGUUGUAUAUAUGUAAGCCUGCCGUCCUGAAGAACGGCAGGUGUUUGGUAAGGGUGUGUGAUUUCUGAUUGCUCCUUUCGUCAAGUUUCCGACGUUGGAAUUCAGUUGGGUUUGUGUUUUCACCCAUUUGUGUUUAUUGUCUGAUAUGUGUAUUUAUCUUCUUGGUGUCUUGUGUUGUCUUUUGAUGCGUCGAUAGUGGUAUUUCGCGUCGUUUACGUUUCGAGAGAGUGCCGUGUGUGAAAUGAGGGGAAUCGUCCUCCACAGACAUUGGGGAGAUGGGACCCUUUUUUUAUAUGGUCACCUACCCAGGUGGGUGGUUUUUGGAGCUUGUCUCGUUUUUUGGUUUUAGUAGGCUCCGAAACGCAACGCUCUUUCUUGCUCUGUGGUGUGAAGGGGUGGCGCUGUGCGGGGGGGUUGCAUUCGCGCGGGAAAUUGUGGUCAUGAACCAUUCUUGGAGAGUUUCCCUCGGUAACGGAAAACUGCCGAGAGGGAGAAUCGGCCGCCCUGUACACGUUUAUCUGCAACCUUUCAUUAGUCGAUUAGAGUAAAAUUGUCAAACUCUUCGACUUUAGAUGGAUUGUACUUGUUUUUGCGCUGUGUGGUACUGCUUGGGUUCUGCCCCAAGGAGGGCUGAACGACAAGUGGUUCGGAAUCCCUGAAGGGUUGACCUACGUUUAGGUGGUUCAUAUGUGUUGCGUUUUGAGGUAGUAUGAGGUACAAAGGAGUAAUGAGUGGUGGGAUUUUCGUGUGUCCUGGUGAGUAUUUACUGCCAUGGUAUUAACGAGCUUUGUACGGCAUUUUUGGGUCUAUGGGCUGCAUGCUGUCUGUCACCACGGAAACAAAUUGCCGACCAUGGUAUCCCUACUAGGUCGUAGCCAUUGUCAUCUUGUGUUACCCACGCCACGGAAGGGUGUAUGAGGGGAAAGGGGGGACUUUCUUGUGGCGUUAUCUUGUCGGAGGGUUGACAGGUAAAAUAUGCUUGGCAUGCAUGGAUAAGGUCUUUGGUGACCUUGUCAAUUUUGAGGUCAUGUGCUGCAUUCAGAAUCGCGGCAAACGGGGGCUUCUUCGACAACACCGUGUUCCGUUUGUUCAUCGGCAACUGUUGUACUUUUGUUCACGGUUGAAAGGGGAUACUUGUGGGAUUCGUGAAUUUGAUCUCGUCGUCGUUUGAAUGGGGCUGGCGUCAUGGCGUAUGUGGGUUAAUCAGAGUGGCGGCUGGCUGGAAGCAUCUGAGGAGCAUCGAAAAGGCAAUUGGCCAUUUUGUUCGAAGGUUUUGCACUGUACUUGUAGGGCCUCGGGAACAUAUGCCUGCGUUCAACGUGGGAGAGUUUUGGGGGAUCUCAGGCCCACACUGACUGGAAACGCUAGACAGCAUCGGCAAGGGUCUGCCGUGUUGUCGUCAAUUUUGCGGGGGGGGUGAAACACAGGCAAGCCCAAUAGUAUAUGUACCUGCGCGUCUAUAAUAGUCUUAUUGGUUGUCUAUCAACCUGGUGUACAAUAUCGUUUCGUUGUAUGCCUGUGUCAUGGGAUCGUUGAUGAUUAAUUGAAUUCGUUUGUGUUGUAGUUUGACAAGAUACCGGGUGACGGGAGAAGGGCAAGCUGGGUGUAUUUGGUUUUGUGGGUUUGGUCGAUGGUAUAUGGUAUGGUGCUGUGUCUCGUGUUGUGCUACGGCGCCGCUGCUUUUUCUCGGAAGCCGCGCUGUCAUGAACCUAUCAAUUGCACGUUGAGCUCUUCUCGGCGUGCCUGCUGUACGCCGAGCGUGCCGUUGUUAUCGUGUACGUCCGGUAGGAUUCCCACGCUUUGUUUGUAUCUUUCGUAGUCUGAUCGACGUGCGUGAAGAAAACAAGUAGGGCGAGCUUGCCGUUUUGCGGUGGAGUCGCAGGGUGGCCAGGGGAGGGGAGGACGGGAAAGGUAGGCCAAGCACAAGCGCUUGAGGGAGCUCGUAGUAGGGAAGUCGUAUCGCGGGCUUUAGGCGUCUUGUGGGGGGCGGGGCAGCAUGCCCGACAGUGUCGCCACGCCACAGCUCUAACUCGUACGGUGUGCAAUUUCGGACACAUGCACACCGGCCAAAGCGAAUAAACAUCUGGGG